AUGUGGAUUCGGCUCCAUCUUCUUGCAAUCGUUCAUCUGGCCACCAGGGUUGUUGCCCAAGAUGAGUUCUCGGCUUGGGGUAUGGCGUAUGCCCUCUGCGGCUGGGUUGAAAAUUUUCAGGAAGCAUUUGGAAAUGGCACACGAUACAACAACACCGGUACCAACGCGCCAGCGACCUGCCAGUAUCAGUGCAACGUGCUCAACGGAGCUAUAGCGGCGGCUCUCAGGGGUGAUAUUUGCUACUGCAGUCCAACUGUUCUUAACAAUGAUGGCAUCCGGAUUGUGAAGUUCCCAGUUGAAACCGACUGCAACAUACCCUGUGCUGCUAACCCCGCCGCUGCCUGUGGCGGUGGUAGCGGUAGCGAACUCUACUACAACUUGUAUCGUUACAAUAACCUCAACAACUGCGACUUCUACAUACUCCGUCUCCUCAUCGAGCACCAAAUCCUCGUUGAGCACAUAUUCCUCGGGUUCUUCGUCUACCACGACCUUGUUCUCCGGUCCUUCAAGCACUUCGUCUUCUUCCAGCCAAAUCUCGUCUUCAAACUCAAUAACAUCAUCAUCAUCCCUAUGGACAUGGUCCCUUUUUACUCUGGUCUCAUCUUCCCGUACGCUGUCAACUUCAACCGCUCUGACGGUCUCAGCAGCAGGGUCCAUCUCAAGUACGACAUCAAGAAGUCAUGUUUCAUCUACUGUGGAUACAACGACUGGUCAGCAAACUACGGCAUCCCAUUUGGCUAG